UCUCACAGUGUGAGAGAAGUCUGGGAGGGGCACAGUGGGGGAGGCCCCUCCUGUCCCAUUCAUAACACGUUCAUUCACUGGGAGCCGGCUAAGACCGACUAAUCUCUCACGCAGUCAUUCCCUCUACCCUAAUAAAGAUCCACCACCUCUCCUAGAACUCGGUCCGAGGGACGCUGCUCUCCUGGCCCUGCCACCACUGAAGCGCCCAGGCGUCCCGGAAGAUCCGACCUGAGCGCAGACCCCGCGGACCAUGAGUCCUCGGAGGCAGCGAGCGUCGGUCCCGCUGCUGCUCCUGCUGCCGCUGCUGCUGCUGGGCGGCUGCCUCCUCGUGGCCGCCCGGAGAGACAAGGGGGCGGCAGGCAGCGCGGCCCAGCCGGCCCCGGGUCCCGCGGGCGGCUCCUCCGGCCGCUUCGUCAGCCCCGAGCGGCACGCGUGCAGCUGGCAGCUCCUGCUGCCCGCCCCGGGGCCCGCGGCGGGCAGCGAGCUGGCGCUGCGCUGCCAGGACCCGGACGGGGCGCGCCACCAGUGCGCCUACCGCGGGGAGCCGGAGCGCUGCGCCGCCUACGCCGCCCGCGGCGCGCACUACUGGAAGCAGGUGCUGGGCGGGCUGCGCAAGAAGCGGCGGCCGUGCCAGGACCCCGCUCCGCUCAAGGCUCGUGUGUGCGCGGGCAAGAAGGGCCACGGCGCUGAGCUGCGCCUGGUGCCCCACGCGUCCUCACCCGCGCGCCCCACUGCGGCGGGCUUCCCCCCGGAUCCCAAGCCCCGCGCCAGGAGCCGGGGGCGCCUCCGGGAGCCCGCGCCCGGCCCCUCCGGAGGGGCCCGACUUCCCGCCGGCGCGGCCCGACUUCCCGCCGGCGCGUCUCCCAGAGGGAAGCCCUCUGAGACCAACGGCGGCAAGAGGAAGGCGGCCUCGGACCCAGACCAGGAGCGACCCCUGGGGACCGGGCCCGAUCCCGACGGGCUGGACGAGAACGCGAAGCUCACGGAGACCUACUGUGCUGAGAAGUGGCACUCCCUCUGCAACUUCUUUGUCAAUUUCUGGAAUGGCUGAGGCUGCCAGCCUGGGGAGGAACCUGGGUGGGGGGAGGUACGCAGCCGGGGAGGAGAAGUUAAGGGCAUCUUAGGCCAGGA